UUAAAUGUCAAUAAACCUAGUGCCGACACCUCGACUAAUUUACAUCUAAUUUGCAAAGUUAUCAAAUUCUUAAAGUAUUCUCCCAGACGAACAUCGGCUAGGAUGCGCGCGCAUCUCCUUAGCAACGAGGCGUGAAGGUGCAAACAAACUCAGUCCUAGCGUGCGAUUGAUAGUGGAAGGUUGUAUAUUUUGAAGUGUUUCGUAUUAUAGUUGUACUAUUUUCAUUGACAUGGCAUAUAGAUACAUGGAUGAGUUGCCAGUGGAAGCUUUAGUUCGUUAUAAGGCCAAAUUAGAUAUUGUUGGACUUCACCAGUGCCCGUACAAACUAAAAGCCGACGAGUGGACCAAUAACCCGAAGCAGUGGCCCAAGAUUGAAUAUCCCGAUGUUUACCACUAUCUCAUUAAUACUCCAGGGGUUUUCAGCCAACAGCCAAAAGCAAACCAUCGGUCUUUGGAAGCCUACAACUUUUUUGUAUCUGGAUGGGUCCAAACUGUUUUGCACAUUAAAGUUGGUACCAAUACUGUUUUGAAAGCUGACGUGAAACCUUCCUGGCGGGUAACAGAGGACUGUCAUCAUUCUUGGGUAGCAGUUGACAACAGUGCAUGUGUACUUACUGCACACUGUGACUGUAUGGCAGGUUUGGGGGAAUCUUGCUCACAUAUUGGUGCCUUGCUAUACAAGAUGGAAGCAGCAGUCCGUCUCGGAUACACAGACAGUGCUUGCACUGAUGUUCCUUGCCAGUGGAAUCAGUGUUUCACCAAAAAAGUGACACCAUCGCCUGUGGCCCGUAUUAACUUUUACACCGAAAAGGUAAAAGAAAAAGUAAGAAAGUGUAAUAUAAUUAAGAAACAUGCUACACCUGCCACUGAAGAUGAACAAAAACUGUUUCUUGCUGGGUUACAAAGCACAGGGGAAAAUAUUGUAGGAUUUGUGGCAUUCAGUGAAUAUAAUGAGUGUUUUAUGAAUGACAAACCACUGCCUAAGGAAAGAAGUAUUCCAAUUAAAUACAGAGAUUUUUAUUUCAAAGAAGAAUACACUUCAGCCAGUGACACAUAUUUAUUGGGCAUUUGUCAAAAGGCAGACAUUCCACCAAUCACAAGGAACAGAUUGGCUAUGUGGAAGAGGUAA